AUGGCCGCGCCAUCGUCAUCGCCGCAGCCGCACUCGGAGCAACCAGUUGAGUCGCAGCCGCUAUCGCACUCGCAGCCGCAGCCGCAGCCGCACUACGUCGUCCGCGUCGCGGCGGACGAGACCGAGUCAAGGGGUUUUUGGUGCGAGCAGAUGCGGGAGCUGGGGUGGAACCGCGGCCCCGAAGACCACCACUCCCACUACGUCGCCGCAGGCGGCCUGCACCUCCUCGCCUUCCCCUCCUCCCAACCCACCACGCCAGUCGGGCAGAUUAUGCCUUUCCCCUACCCCAUCCCAAACACCACCAACACAACCACACACACCAACAGCACCAACCAAAAAACAAACACCACCAUUACCACCACGGCCACUGCCACAGCAGCAGCCGCAGCAGCAACAGCAUACAUCGGCUUCUUCAGCGUCGCCCCCAGCCACCGCAACCACGGCAUCGGGCGCCUGCUCUGGGAUGCCGCGGCCGCGGAGCUCGAGCAGCGCGGCGUGCGGGUCGUGGGGUUGGACGCGGCGGGGGAUGUGGUGGGGCUGUAUGAGCGGUGGGGGUUUAGGCGGGUGGGCGAGGUUGGGGUGUGGGUUUGGGAGGUGGGUGGGAUGGGGUUGAUAGAGGAGGGGAGGGCCAGCGAGGAGGUGGUCUUGCAUGUCGCCCCCGACGACACAGGCCUUCACGCCAACAUUGCAGCGACAGAUGCGGCGCUGACGGGGUUUUCGCGGCCGGGGCUGUGGACAAGGGAGGCGCUGUUUGGGCGCUGCGACGUGAGGGGGGGUGUCGUUGCCCCUCAUUUUCCUUCAUCUGCAAACGAAGACGAGGACGAGGACGAGGACGAGGACAGCCUCCUCUCAAUCGCCCUCCUGCGCGCCGCGCCCGCCGGCUUCCGCCUCGGCCCGCUCUACGCGACCAGCUGGACACGAGCGCGCGCCCUGCUGGCGUGGGCGAUGCGUACAGCGGUACUGACUACCUCUUCCCCCUCCCCCCAUGCUUCUUCCAUUCCCCCUCCCCCUACAGCUGCCUCAGGAAGUGCAGGGGGCUCCGGAAGUGCAGGGGGCUCCGGAAGUGCAGGGGGCUCCGGAAGUGCAGGGGGCUCCGGGAGUGCAGGGGGCUCCGGGAGUGCAGGGGGCUCCGGGAGCGUGGGCUCGGGAACAAAAACAAUCACAGCAGAGCUCCCGCUCACCCUGAACCCUGCCGCUGCGGCGCUGUUCACGGAGCUCGGCUGGCGCGAUGCCGGCGUCAGGUAUGUGCGCAUGUGGAGGGGGGGCGUGGUGCCUGUGCCGCAGCGGGUGGGUGGGCAGGGUGAGUUGGGUGAGAGGGGGGAGGGGGAGGGGGAGGGGAAAGGCCGGUUCGUGUGCGCCAUUUGGGACGCUGCUGGGGGGUAG